GGCCUUCUGUCAAGGCAGUUCAGUAGCUUCAGCCGGCGAUCUGCACAAAGAAGAAUUUUAGUGCCCUUCAAGUUGGCCUUUUGCUUCUCUUGAAGAAAUCAUCAUUAAUAAAUCCAGUUAGACUUCCACGUUCUUCUACUGUAGUCAAACAAACCAUGAAUGAACCAAAAUUUCAUCCAGCUGUUUUAAUACGCAAAGGGUACCAUCAUCCAUUCAUCAUGGUUUAAAUUGACCGGCAGAAACAAGACAAAGAUAUCUUUAGUGCUGCUGUUAUCUGUCAAUUCUUCUUCUUUCACAUGUUUUAUGUUUAAAAAAAAGGCCAAUGGAUCGUUGUUUGAUUGAUGGUAGUUGGUUUAGGCUUUUUUGGGGGGUUAUAAGAAGAAUGAUCAAGGAAGAGAACCCACCAAUCCUUUUUGCCACUUUGUCAACCUUUUGGUUUACCCCACUUUUGGGGAGCAGGUGGAAGCUUGCAGCCAAAAUUUUGGGAUCUCUGUAACUACUUUCUUACCACCCUUCUCGUAUUUUUCCUCUUCACCCAAAUAACUUUGUCUUAUAACUAUGAUGCAGAUGGAUCAAAGCCUGAAACUUUCCCCCUAAUCCAUCCUAACGAGAAGAAGAGUGCUUUCAGAAGUUUAGAACAUGUUGAGCACAGUGAGCAGAGCUCUAAGGCUGCUGCUAUCCAAGAUCCAAUGGCUGGUGUGGAAGCGCCCAAGGCCAAAAGUGAUCAUAAGAAGGCUGGGGAAGAAGAAGAGCUCCAAAGAUCGCUGCAAAUGGGACGCCACCACCCAGAGAUCGUCAAGCUUCCGGUUGCGAAAACUGAAUCUUUCCAACCCACAGAAGCCAAUUCGAGUGGCCACUUUCAACGUCGCCAUGUUCCACCUUGCACCUGCAAUUCCAAGCUCAGAUGAUGGUCCGACGAAAUUGGGAUUCGAAGAGGAGAUGUUGGAGGAACAGUUCAAGGCGGAUCUCAGCUACCACCAUCCAAAGAGCAUCCUGAAGCAAUCCUCUCCCGCGAAAUCCCCAUCGUCGAAGCUGAAAGUAUCGAUCAACCUUCCCGAAAACGAGAUAUCUCUGGCCAACAUGGGCGGUGGGGGGAAGAAGUUCUUGAGCAUUGUGGAGGAAGAAAGGGAAGGUUCGUCGAGGAUCAUCGCCAACAGGAACUACCGGAGCAGCGUGGUGAUGAGAUCACCUGUUUCUUUGCCUGCAAGUUAUGGUUAUAUGGCGAAGCCGCAUAGUGGUGAAGAUAGGUUGAUGAGUGGAAGGAGAAGCGUUCUGGAAGUGAUGAGAGAAGUCGGUGCAGAUGUUUGGGCGCUGCAAGACGUGAGGGCGGAUGAAGAGAUGGAGAUGAGGCCAUUGUCUGAUCUAGCUGCUGCACUGGGGAUGAAGUAUGUGUUUGCUGAGAGCUGGGCGCCGGAGUAUGGGAAUGCUAUCCUCUCCAAAUGGCCGAUUCGAAGGUGGAAAGUUCAGAAGGUUGCUGAUGAUCAAGAUCACAGGAAUGUGUUGAAGGCCACGAUUGAGGUGCCGUGGGCAGGAGAAGUCGAUGUCUACUGCACGCAGCUCGACCAUCUCAACGAGAACUGGCGAAUGAAGCAGAUCAACGCGAUCAUGCAAUCCAACGACUCCCCCCACGUACUCGCUGGAGGUUUGAACGCUCUGGAUGGUUCGGAUUACUCGUCCGAGAGAUGGAUGGACAUUGUCAGGUACUAUGAGGACAUAGGGAAGCCGACGCCAAGGACGAAAGUGAUGGAGUUCAUGAAGGGUAAAGGCUACAAAGAUGCAAAGGAAAAUGCAGGCGAAUGUGAGCCCGUGGUGAUCAUCGCCAAAGGCCAAAAUGUUCAAGGGACGUGCAAGUACGGUACGAGAGUGGACUACGUUCUAGCGUCGCCAGACUCACCGUUCGAGUUCGUUCCAGGAUCCUACUCAGUGAUCUCAUCCAAGGGCACCUCUGAUCACCACAUAGUUAAAGUCGACCUCACAAAAACAGGGCAGUCUUACAAAAGGAAUGAAACGGGUAGAGUGCAGCGCAAGAAACCUAAGCAGAGGAUUGUUAGGAUCACUGAACCUUGGUGCUCUGGAGGCAUUUGGAAGCUAGAUCCAUAGAGGGCCAUCAGGGUAAGUUGGUCACUUUACAGGACUUGCUAUGUUUUGUAUACUUGCUUCAGGUUAAAGAUUUAAGCCAGUAUAAUUAGGGCCUAUUACUUGUAACUAUACAUGUAAUUCUGUGUUAGUAUAGAAUAUAAUCGGUUGUAGAAUAGCAUUUGCAGCACUAGCAUGGAGAUGAGUUCCUAUGAGAUUCUUUUUAACCUUAUUGUAGAUUUGAGGAUUUGUGGCCCGGUGCCUUUAAUAUACGAUAUGCGAUGUA